AUGAAAGAACAACAACUACAACAAUCUGAUCAACUGAUGGUCAAAGUCAAGAUAGCACUCAAUAACAAGGUUGUGCGAGACACUAUAUUUCGUUAUGUUGGAGUGGUCAAUAAGACCAUACACUCAAGUAGUCGUAUACUAGCAAGAGGAAGAGAUAUGAUAGAGGAUGCUAAACGACCGGAUACUAAACUAAUGAUGAUCGGACAGUUUGCAAUGCCUCUUGACACGUUUGUCAGAUACUAUCUACCGGUUGCCGAGACUGUGACGCAAAGAGUUAGAUGCCAAGCAAUCGAAAUGUACUGUGCACAUCGAUCUGCUCAAUUAGACACACUACUCUUUCUUAUCGCGUGGGCAAACUAUCCAAUACGCGAGCGUAAUAUAGUCGACUAUGCAUGUAGUGGUGGCCACGUGGCUAUUGUCCAAUACCUAUUAAAAAACAAUGCAAUGGCUUCUAAACUGGCACUGGACAAUGCAUGUAGUGGUGGAAGUCUAGAGAUUGUACAAUUGUUACAUACCAUGAAUAAAGGGCUAUCCUCAGGGAGUCCACUGAAUUUGGCAGCAACCAAAGGCCAUUUAGAAAUCUGCAAGUGGCUUACAAUCAACAGAAAAGAUGGGUGUACGACAUCAGCUAUGGAUAAUGCCGCAUCUAUGGGUUAUCUCAGUGUCGUUGAGUUCCUCCACACGCAUCGUAAAGAGGGGUGUACCACAUUGGCCAUGACAGAGGCUGCUUCCAACGGCCACUAUCAAGUGGUUAAGUUUUUGCACACUCAUAGAUCGGAAGGAUGUAGUAGCCAUGCAAUGGACGGUGCAGCAAAAAAUGGCCACCUAAAAAUCGUAAAGUUUCUGCACAAGCACCGUAGAGAGGGGUGUUCAUCAAAUGCAAUACAAUACGCAGCGUCAAGAAGUGACAUUGACAUGGUCAUAUUCCUAAAACAUAACCGUACCGAAGGAUAUUAUUCCAAUGCUAUCAUGGAUGCUUGUAAAUUUGGAAGUCUUGAUAUUGUCCAACUCCUCUAUCCAAAAUUCGAAUCAAAUGUUUUAGUUAGAGAAAUGGCAAUAACAACAUGUAUAGAGUAUGAUCGAUUUAAUAUUUUUAAAUGGUUGUAUGCAACUAGCUCUAUUGACAUGAGUUUAAAAUUCACUCAAGAUUCACUUGAAAAGGGAGCAAAAAUGGGUAGAUUGGAUAUUAUACAAUGGUAUAAUGACAAUACACAAGGUCUAGAAGGUAGUUUGGACUGGAAAAAUAUGAUAAAGUUGUCAGCUGAAAAUGGAAGAUGUGAUAUUAUAGAAUGGCUACACAAAAACAAAAAGGAAUUGGUUUGGACAACAUAUGCGAUGGACAAGGCUGCUGCUAUUGGAUCCAUUGAAACAGUGGUCUUUUUACAUAAUAAUCGAUCAGAGGGAUGCACAACCAAUGCUAUGGAUCUGGCCGCCAAGAAUCAAAAAUUGGAAAUGUGUAUUUGGUUGAGAGAAAAUCGAAGUGAAGGUUGCACAGUCGAAGCUAUUCGAACUGCUUUUUGUUAUAAUCGUAAACCAUUUAUGGAUUUUUUCAAAAAGUAUUAUAGUGAUACCCAUAGUUCUUAUUUUGAUCCCUCGUUCAUUAAAAAAUAA